AUGUCCCAACGUGUCGCUCGUCAUUUACUUCAUCGCGACAUCAUGCCCGGUAGCUUGGAAGGCCGAUCUGUCAAACUCGAAGGUGGGCCACUCCAUACCACCUUAUUGUUCGUUUCGCGGUCUUCACGCUCUAUCUACAGUCAUCAGCGGAAAAAAUCUCAAAGUCCCCCCCUCCGAGCGCACCCUCGUAGGCAUUUACAUAUCCGUCGAACUCGACUCGACUCGACGCUGGAAAUCAGCCAUUCGAGCGAUAAAUCCGUAGUGUGGGGCGAUACCGUGAACAUAUCAUCACUUGCGUCACAUAAAUUAUCAAUAGAGAUCCGGGCAUCCUUUGAGCUCGAUCGAAUGCUAGGCAAUGACACGUCGUGGGAUGAGCUGCUCGAUCACGGUAAUGAGCCUUUCAAUCCUUCCUUUCCGCCCGUCCGUGGUGUCCGCCCUUCUCUCAUCCUGAAGGCUACUGUUGAACAUGCUUGUGGAGAUCAGGAUGGCGCACGGAUCGAUGUGCCAACCCUAGUACCCGUGUUUUCUGCUGCUGCUGACAGAGCGUCCAUCGCUGAAUGCGAGAUUGCUCGACGCAGGCCACACAAUAUUUGCCAAAUACGAGAGAAGCGAGAGCAUUUUCAGUGGGUUCUGGGCCAGCGUCCGGUCGGCCAUCCUGACCGUGCAGCUGCUCUCACCAACUUCGCGUGGGUCCGCCUCCAAGGUUUUAUCCGCAAGGAUUCCCAAGAAAUUGAAUCAACUACCUCCCUAUUUCGCGACGCCAUUGCAUUGCAUUGCAACCGCACGGCCACCCCGAUCAUGCGUUAUCUCAUUACGGUAUUCAACUCGCUCUACAUCAAGGAGCGUACUGCUGCUCUGUCCAGCGGGCAGCUACCUUCCAAGCUUCCCAUAGACGCAGGCAUCCACCUUCGACGGAUGGUACUCGAACUCUGUCCUCUGGGCUAUCAACGCCGUCCAACAGCAUUCAACAAGCUUUCAUGGUCACUCAACACACGCUUUGCACAAUGUGGAAGCAUUAAUGAUAUCGACGAGAGCAUACAACUUGGUAUUGAAGCGGCUUCUCUGAUCGCCGAGGGAUAUUCUGGCCGCGAUAUCUAUUUCCAUAACUUGCCCGUUUCACUCAGACAUCACUUCGGUCACCAAGGCGAACCUCAUGACCUUGACGAGGUCAUCUCUCUAUACGAAGAAGUGCUGUGCUUGCGCCCUAUUGGACGCAAUCUUCAUCGAGAUUGGACAACCUGA